GUCAAUUUCUGCGCUUUCAUUGAAUUGCACUGCAAGAGCUGCAUCGACCUGGAAGCCUGCAGCAAAAUCCAGCACGACAACCUACACUCCUGUCCCAAAACAGAAGAGAAGCACAUCACCGCACUGCUUUAUUAUCAAACGAGUGGACUAAAUUCCUACUUAAACUGGAAGAAGUGAGAUCCGUGAAAGAAAGAGAGGGAAAAAGAGAGAGAUUUCCCCGUCGUACAAGCCGCACUUCAGUGUAGUUGGCUAAUGAUUUGUAUUAAUUCCCAACUUGUUUUAAUCCACCGAGGACAAAACACCGCGAUGAUAAGACUCCAGGACGCUCAUGAGAGUUUUAAUUCGGCGUUUCAUCUCUGAAUUUCGACAUUAAGUGCACCGCGACCGGCCAAAUCAAGGAUUAAACACGACAUUUGUGGAUUUCGCCAAAGGAGAUACAAUGCCUGACCAGAUAACAGUGGCGGAGUUUGUCACGGAGACAAAUGAAGAUUAUAAAUCGCCCACCGCCUCAAACUUCACCACCAGAAUGACUCACUGCAGGAACACAGUAUCCGCACUGGAGGAGGCCCUGGAUGUGGACCGCAGUGUCCUUUACAAGAUGAAGAAGUCAGUUAAGGCUAUUUACGCCUCGGGUCUGGCUCAUGUGGAGAAUGAGGAGCAGUACACUCAAGCUCUGGAGAAGUUCGGAGAGAACUGUGUGUACAGAGAUGACCCGGACCUGGGAUCAGCCUUCCUGAAGUUCUCCGUCUUCACCAAGGAGCUCACGGCACUCUUCAAGAACCUGUUUCAGAACAUGAAUAAUAUCAUUACCUUCCCAUUGGACAGUCUGCUGAAGGGAGAUCUGAAAGGGGUUAAAGGGGAUCUCAAGAAGCCCUUCGAUAAAGCCUGGAAAGACUACGAGACUAAAGUCUGCAAGGGACAUUCUUUACUGAAAGGCUCUAAAAUAGAGAAGGAGAAAAAAGAGCACGCCCGGCAGCACGGAAUGAUCCGGACGGAGAUCAGCGGAGCAGAGAUAGCAGAAGAGAUGGAAAAAGAGCGGCGUUUCUUCCAGCUUCAGAUGUGUGAGUACCUCCUCAAAGUCAAUGAAAUCAAGAUCAAAAAAGGUGUCGACCUGCUCCAGAAUCUCAUCAAAUACUUCCACGCACAGUGCAACUUCUUUCAGGAUGGUCUCAAAGCGGUGGACAACCUCAAACCCUCAAUAGAAAAACUGGCCACAGACUUGCACUCGAUCAAACAGGUACAGGAUGAAGAACGCAGACAGCUAACCCAGUUACGGGAUGUGCUAAAAACUGCUCUGCAAGUGGAGCAGAAGGAGUCUAGGAGAGACUCUCAGGUUAGACAGAGCGCCACCUACAGUCUGCACCAGCCGCAGGGCAACAAAGAGCAUGGGACUGAGCGCAGCGGCAACCUUUACAAGAAGAGUGACGGGCUGCGGAAAGUGUGGCAGAAGAGAAAGUGCACAGUAAAGAAUGGAUAUUUGACCAUCUCACAUGGGACGGCAAACAGACCUCCCGCCAAACUCAAUCUUCUCACCUGUCAGGUGAAGCACAACCCAGAGGAGAAGAAAAGUUUUGACCUCAUCUCACAUGACAGAACAUAUCAUUUCCAGGCAGAAGAUGAGCCAGAGUGUCAAAUAUGGAUCUCAGUGCUGCAGAACAGUAAAGAAGAGGCGCUCAACAACGCCUUCAAGGGCGACCAGCAUGUUGGUGAAAAUAACAUUGUGCAGGAGCUCACCAAGGCCAUCCUGGGAGAGGUGAAGCGGAUGGCGGGGAACGAUGUCUGCUGCGACUGCGGUGCUCCCGGCCCCACAUGGCUCUCCACCAACCUGGGCAUCCUGACCUGCAUCGAGUGUUCGGGGAUCCACAGAGAGCUGGGCGUCCAUUACUCCCGAAUCCAGUCCCUCACACUCGACGUCCUCAGCACCUCCGAGCUCUUGCUGGCCAAGAACGUGGGGAAUGCUGGCUUCAAUGAGAUCAUGGAGGCCUGUCUGACGGCAGAAGAUGUGAUCAAACCGAAUCCAGCCAGUGACAUGCAGGCGAGGAAGGACUUUAUCAUGGCCAAAUACACAGAGAAACGCUUCGCUCGUAAGAAGUGUCCAGACGCACUGUCGAAGCUGCACACGCUCUGUGAUGCUGUGAAGGCCCGGGACAUUUUCUCUCUCAUCCAGGUCUAUGCUGAAGGAGUGGAUCUGAUGGAGCCCAUUCCUCUGGCUAAUGGACAUGAACAAGGUGAGACGGCUCUUCAUCUGGCCGUGAGACUGGUGGACAGAACUUCCCUACACAUCAUCGACUUCCUCACCCAAAACAGUUUAAACCUGGAUAAGCAAACGGCUAAAGGAAGCACAGCUCUGCAUUACUGCUGCCUGACGGACAACAGCGAGUGUCUCAAACUGCUGCUCAGAGGAAAAGCCUCCAUAGAUAUCGCUAAUGAAGCUGGAGAGACCCCGUUGGACAUCGCCAGGCGACUCAAACAUCUGCAGUGUGAGGAACUGCUGAACCAGGCUCUUGCAGGGAAGUUCAAUGCUCAUGUGCAUGUGGAGUAUGAGUGGAGACUUCAGCAUGAAGACCUGGACGAGAGUGAUGAAGAUCUGGAUGAGAAGUCGAGUCCUCACCGGCGGGAUGAGCGGCCCAUCAGCUGCUACACACCGGGCAGUAACUCCCUUCAGCUGAGUCCAGCCAGCCUGAGCCGAGACGGUCGAGACCUGGUUAAAGACAAGCAACGCUUUGUGCCAAACCUGGUCAACAAUGAAACCUACGGGACCAUCAUUAACACCAGCUCACCCGUCAGCCUGUCCUCUUCUGCUCCACCUCUACCACCCCGAAACCUAGUUCAGCCGUCUGCUCUUGCAGGACUGACUCAAGGAUCUCCCGGCUGGAAGCCUGGCUCUCUGGAUCUGAGCGGCAGACAGAGAUCCUCCUCUGACCCUCCCAACAUGCAUCCUCCUGCGCCUCCCUUACGGGUCACUUCCACCUCCCUUCUAAUGCCCAGCGGUGCUGCUCCUCCUCUGGCUAAAGCUACUGGUAUGAUGGAGACCAUGAAUAUGCAACCCAAACCCGGACAGGGGCCUCCUGGACAGAACAUCAACCGGGCUACAAGUGCGGACAAAAACUUCAGCAAAAGCACACUGAUGCGCUCCGGAUCCAUCGAGAGACCAGGUAGAUGUCAGAGAAACCAUGUUAACUCUAAAGAAGUCCCAGGAGGCCCACAAAACACCACUGGUCAAACUCUGCCUGCGACCCACAUGCCCAGGAAAACGUAUUUGAAGCCGAAGCGUGUGAAGGCCAUGUAUAACUGUGUGGCCGAUAAUCCAGACGAGCUGACCUUCUCUGAGGGAGAGCUUAUCGUGGUGGAUGGAGAGGAGGACCAGGAGUGGUGGCUGGGCCACAUUGAGGGAGAGCCAAUGAGAAGAGGAGCGUUUCCUGUCACGUUUGUACAGUUCAUUAUGGACUGAAGCUCGAGAGAUCACACACUGAACUGAUGACGGCACUUCUCUGCCUCUGUGUGGCCUCACUAACCACCACUAUCUUCAUCAUCAUCGUUGUUCUUCCCUUUAUGGUGAGGCCUGUAUCUUCACCAAUCUUCCACAAGUCCUGCCUCUGGAGAAAUCAGCCUUCUGGGCAAUAAACGCACUUUUGAACUUAAUUUAUCAUGAACACAAUGCUAAUGAAUGUCACCAAGAUGAAGGUUUUGUUUCAGGAUCAUUCACAUCCUUAUUUCUUUAGACAGAUCUGUGAAUAUAGUCUUAUAUGCCCACAUUCCACAUCUGGCAAGGAAAGACGGAAGCAUAGUAGUGAAAUGACAGCCUUUUUGGAGGACUCUGUUGGAUAAGACGGCUCUGUUAAUGGUGCUAAAGCAGGAAUAUGCUACAGGAGCUGUCUGUCCUAGGAGGAGCGCACUGAUGUCCCCGUUUUCACACUACCUGCCCCAGUGCUGAGUGCAGAAAUAGGUUUUCUCCAGCACUCGCACAUGGGAAAUCUCUGAAGUGCACUGUGUGAUGGAGAAACUGACAGACUGAAGAGUGCUUUUGCGCUGGCUGAGGGACGUGAAGAUUAAAUGAAAGUAAUCUUGACCCUGAAGCUGCUGGGAUUUUGGAGCGUUGUGAAUGUUCUCUGGCCUCCAGGGAAAGGAGAGGAAGAGCAUCCAGGAGCUUUUUUUCUGUAUAGGUAUUUAUAAAUCGGAGCUGUUCUGUUUUAGACUCUCGUUGAUUUUAACGAUCUUCCGCAGAACUUGCUUCAUUGUGCGAGCAAUCUGCUGAAUGAUGUCAUUUCUUUUUAAAGAGACAGACCAAACCUUCAAACUAAUUAAUUUACUCCAGGAGUGUCAAAGUUCCUGGAGGGCCACAGCCCUGCACAGUUUAGUUCCAACCCUGCUCCAACACACUUACCUGCAAGUUUCAAACAAGCCUGAAGAACUUAAUUAGUUUGAUCAGGUGUUUAAUCAGGGUUGUGCAGAGCUGCGGCCCUCCAGGAACUCAGUUUGACACCUGUGAUUUACUCAAUUUACAAAAUGUCCAGAGUGCUCUAUAUCAGCAUUUCCCAACCCUCUUCUUGAAGGCACACCAACAGUACACAUUUUCAACCUCUUCCUAAGCAAACACGCCUCAAUCAACUCAACAGACCAUUAGAAGAGACUCUAAAACCUGAAGUAAAUGAGUCAGAUAAGGGAGACUCCCAAAAUAUGAACUGUUGGUGUGCCUCCAGGAACACUGUUUGGAAACCUUCUCUAUAUGCUCAAUUUGAUGUAAUCCAAGUUGUCUGAAGACAUACAGUAAACUUAAAUGAGUAAAUAGAUGGGUUUUAGAGGAAAACUAAACAUUUAUUCUCAAGUCUUUACAAACCUUACUUCAGUGUUUAUUUGGAGCAAUGUGGGUACUAAAUGUAGGAAUCUGUUCAUAUGGAAAUAUAUAUAUAUAUAUAUAUAUAUAUAUAUAUAUAUAUAUAUUCAAAAAAGGUAAUAGUGACUUUAAUCGUACAGUUCUGCUUAUUUUAUAUAUGAAAGAUUUGCAACAGAAAAGUGCAAAAUUGAGGUGGCACAAAUGGAUUUCAAUACACUGAUCCAAUUCUCUAAAUAUUGUCUUAUACAAUGAAAUCCUACAGGAUUGUAAUAGCAAAUUAAGUUAUUUUCUGAAAAUCAUUCACUGUCAUUGUCAAACAAGGUCAAAUCAUCAACUUCACAUUUGAAUAUGGAUUCAGCUUUGGUUUGAGUAUUCUGGUUACAGGGUGAACAUGUUUCAUCAAUCAUACUGAUUAAAGCACUCUUGCCAUUUUUCACUAAUCAUCCUCUGGUUCAAUGGAAGAAAAAAGUCAUACUUUUGGCAUGACGGUGAGCAAAUGACAGCAUUUACAUUUGUGGAGGGGGAGUGACUGUCUUUUAAGAUGCUUUUGCACAGUUUUAAAUAGAGUCUGUUUUAAUUUAAACCUUUGGAUAAAAGCGUCUGCUAAAUUAAUAAAUUUAAACAGAUUACGAAGUGUGAAUGACAGCUAUUUUCUACUAGACCGUUUUGGUGUAACCUGACGGUUGUUCCCUGUAGCAGUAAUAACUCUCUUUCUCUCUCUAGCGCUCUAAUUGUAUUCCAGAGAAAAUGAAAAUCUCUCUCAUCACUUCUCCUAAUCCUUUGUAAAGCUCAUCCAUCAGUGAGUGUGUGCAGGAGUAACACAGCAGAGCGUUUUCUGUCAAGAGUGUUUGAUGUGGUUGCAGAGCAACUUAGCGUCUGUUAUGUAACUUUUAAUUACAGUCAUGUUAGUCUUGAUUGAGCUCAGGCCAGUGUGUAUACGGCCUGCAGUGAUUGUAAAUAACUGUAGACUUUUUGCUUUGUGCAUAUUUAAUUGUAAACAGAGAGCUAAACUGAUACUGACUGAUGUGUUGACGUAUUGUUAGAUAAGACUGUUACAGUACACUUUUAACUACUCACCCCUUUACCAUAAACAUUGUUGACGCUAAUAUAUAAUUCAUAUAUGUACAAAUAAAUGGGAAAACUGGAAUGAAUAAAA